AUGCUGCCAGUGGGAUUUGCCACAAUUAUCAAGAUAAAUGUGACCGGGCGGCUGUUCUACCCGGCCGCCGCCGGGGCCAAGGGCGGGUCUGUCAACUGGAUUCAGGACAUGAUGUAUGCCAAAGGGUACGUGACGUUUGCGUUCUUCAGCGCCAAGUCUCUCAAGUGGCGGAUCGCCAAAAACGUGCUGCAGGGCGCCGCAUGGGCAUCUGGCGCGGCGACGCGCAUGCCGGUGCUGUACAACGCCCCCUUGGCGUUCCUCGGCUCUGACCCCUUCCCCUUGGUCAUCUUCAGCCCUGGCGCCGCCGCGAAUCGCAACACCUACAGCAGCGUGUGCACCGAGGUCGCGUCUCGCGGCUGCGUGGUGGUGGCGGUGGAGCAUGCGGACGGCAGCUCGGGCGCAGCCCUGCUAGCUGACGGCACCUGGAAGCUGUUUGCUGGGCUGGGGACGGGACCGGUGCUGGAGGCCAAGUGUCACUAUCGCGUGUCCGAGGUUAUGAGCGCAGUCAAGAUAAUGCGGAGCCUGAAUGAGGCGGGCUCUGUGGCGGAGGGCUCUUUUGUGCUGAGUGGAGAUGGCAAGGAUGGCAGCGCCCAAGCGUCCUUCAAGGGCGCCCUUGACCUGUCAAAGCUGACGGUCAUGGGCCACUCCUGCGGCGGCGCCACCGCGGCGCUGGCGGCGUCGCAGCACCCAGAAUUCGCGGCGGCGGUAGCCAUGGACCCAUGGUGGACCAUCCUGCCUUCGGGCAGCCCCGCCCUCACGCAGUGGGCCCCAGGCUGCACCACGCCGCUGCAGAUCAUAGGCAGCGACGACUGGAACACGCCAAAGGGCAUCGACGGGUCCCUGCCCUGCAACGGCCCGCGGCAGGAAGCCGUUUUGGAGGCGGCGCGGCACAGGGACGACGGCAGCGGCAGCGGCCGCGGCGGCGGCGCGCUGCUGGUGGUGCCUGCCCACACCAAGCACCACUCCUUCAGCGACGUCCCCGCGCUGCUCGAGGGCUCAGCGGUGGCGCGCCGCGUGCUGGCCGUGAUGGGCAUCAAGCCGGACCCCAUCAGUGCCGCGGCGUCGCUGCGCCUGAUCUGCGAGUGCGCCGUGAGGUUCUGCCGCGCCCACUACGCCGCCGGCGGCCCGUGGCCGGCGGCGGGCGGUAUUACGGCGGCGGCGGAGGUGGAGGCGGAGGGCGCGGCGGCGGCGGCGGCGGCGGCGGCGAGCAGCGGCGGCGGCGAGGGCGGCGGCGGCGGCGGCCGGGAGGGGGAAGCAGUGGAGAAGGUGCUGGAAGGGGUGGUGACUGACGAGGCCGCUGAGCUGGCGGUUGAGGAGCAUGCAUCCAAAAACGGGCGCGACGCGCCGCCGUCGCAGCACAACGGACACCGGCCGGGGGGCGGCCUCCCGGAAUGCGCUUCUGCGAGCCGCACCGUCGACGGAGUGGGCGCGGCGGCGGCAGCGGCGGCGGCGGCGGCUGGCGCGGCGCACGUCAGGGUUUGGCCGGGCGAGUUGGAGGCGUAUGCCAAGUUCAAGGAAGAGGGGCUGCUGAGGAUUCUGGAGGUGCACGCGUGA